GAGAGCAUAGUGAUGAAGGCACCACUCUCUGGGCCUGACCCCUGGCUGCCUCCUGUAAAAGGUGCAUGGAACCAACCUGUAGCAUCCUUCCAACACCUGAGAGCUAAUCCAUAUAUCAGGGUCUAGGACCCCUCCUCGAUGCUCCUUGCAGCCCCUCGCCUUCCCUGCAUCACUUCCCUUUCCUGUCCAUGCUGAAACCUUGCCACGGCCGCUCGCCCUCACGCUCCCCCCUUCGCUUCUCACUUUCCCUCCCAUUGGUUUCACGUUCCCUUCGCCACGUGGAAAAAGCUUUCAAGCUCAUCCAGCCCGGCAGCGGAGUUUAUCCUGGUUCCACCCACUGGGACUUUCCUAGCUUCCUCCUGCUCGGCGAGGGGAAAAAAAGGCAGAGGCAGGCGGCAGGCAUCCCGGGGAGCUCGGGGAGCCGCGGUGCUCCCUUCCCUGAGCUAGGUUUCUAUUGUAGGCGGUGCAUUCCUCGGGAGGGAGGGUGUGUGUGUGUCGGUGCCUUCCCACACUCCGGGCAGCUCUUAUUUAAUGGGGGUCUCCAUGCAGGGUAGAAGGCAGAGGAGGUUUAGCCGUUGCCAGGCUCACAGGCAGCUCGUAAACCAAUUGCCGGCAUGGAUCACAGGGCUGAUAUAACCCUGGAGGAGGCUUCGGUGACCGGCCAAACCUCAAGGAUGCACAUCAGGGAGGACCUGAAGAGGAUGCGCUGUGCCGUGCUGUUCUGCCUGCUGGCCGUGCUGCUGCUGGCGCUGCCCAUCGCGUACCUGCUGGCUGGGAACCUGCGAGCACCCACCUCCUGCCCCCAGGUCGUGGAGGAGAGGAGCUCUCACUUUCUGAAGCAGCGAGCAGUAGCUGCUGUUACAGACACGCUUCCCAGUGCCGAGAAGCCACGAGCACACCUGACAGUGAAGAAACAAGACCCUUCCAGCACCGUGGGACGACAUCUACCCAUCCUGCAGUGGGAAGACAAGCGAGGCUUGGCCUUUACCAAGAACAACCUGAGUUAUUCCAGCAACGCACUGGUGAUACCUGUGUCUGGGGAUUACUAUGUCUAUGCUCAGGUCACUUUCCGAGGGCCCAGUGAUACUUCAAGUAAAACCAGUUCUGUCACUGCAAUCAUCACUAAAGUCACUGACAGCUACCCCGAGCCCACCCAGCUGCUGACCAGCACCAAGACCCUCAGCGAAGAAAGGAACAACUGGUUCCAGCCCAUUUAUCUGGGAGCUGUGGUUUCCUUAGAGAUAGGAGACAAGCUAAUGGUCAACGUUAGUGACAUCAAGCUGGUGGAUUACACUAAGGAACACAAAACCUUCUUCGGUGCCUUUUUACUGUAGGUCUCUGGUAGCAGCUUUGUGGAGGGCCUGGUUUGGUGGUAGCACGUCAGGGUGCUGGUCUCUGUGCUGUCCUCUGUGCUUCACUCAUCUGCUGCCUUAAAUUAAGGGCUGGAGCUGCAGGGUGAAUGGAAGCAGCCCAAAAAAACUCCAGAAAAACGAAAGUCAGACUUCAAGGAUGAUGGGGAUUCUUGAAAGCUCUGUAUAUAGGGGAGGAACCUUUUUUUAUGGGUCAGGUAGGGAUAUUUAUCACAAAUAGGCCAGGCUGCAUCACUAAUUCCUUUUCCAAUAUACCAUUUAUUUCAGCUGAAAAGAAGUGUUUUAAAUUUUCUCCAGCACUUCCAGUGUAAUUUUGCAUGACCUUUCUUCAGAUUCUUAAGGGCAAUUACAAUUAAUAAUUUCCUUAAACAUGGUUCAGUACUUUGCACUAACAUAAAGCCCGGAUUAAUCAUUAACUGCUUAAUUAAUCACUUUCAGCUUCCCUGUAAAGUAGAUUAAAAUUAUACCACGUGUUUUGCAGAAUCCACCUGAUUUGCUUUUAUUUUCCAGGAUAUUGUUUACAGAUCCUCAAGUCAUUGUGUGGGCUUUCGCCUCCAUUUAAAGCUUAUAGGGAACAUGCAGAAACAUUUUCGUUUCAGCAUGACUGCAGGAUCCCCCCUGUCAGAUCCGAACAUUAGGAAAGGAGAAAAAACAAGCAAACAAAAAAGGGCAGGAAGCUUUCCACUGUGCUUCAUGCAAAGCAAAUGCAACUAAAGUCAUCAGUGCCCUCCUAAUCCUUUGCGACCACUGCUACAGUGAUCUGCUGGCACAAAGGUCUCCCCAUCCUUUGCCUGGGUUAAGGCUGGUGACCAGCACUCUGUGCAAAAGGUCAUAGGAUCCAAAGAGAAGCUCAAAUUGUGCCACGGCCAGCUACAGAGCUUGGGAAUGCUUAGCUUCCCAUCUCGUGCUUCUUUUUCUCAUAGACAUUACUAUCUCAGGGAAAUUCCCCAGCUUUCCUGCUCCUCCCAUAAUAAAUACAUCACCGUCAGUGACUCAAGUCAUGCUUUAGUAUGGUCAGGCUUUACACACUGCUUGGUGGUCUCUCACUUGAGUCCCUACCAGGCAGGGUCUGUCCAGUGGCCAGGCUGUACUCUCUGCAGCUCUUCCUCUUUUUUUCCCUUUCCCCAUUGGGCUUCUUCCUUCUUGGCCAGAAGUGUUAGCAGAAUGGCCCAGCUAAAAUUUCCACCCACAGACACAGGCCCCAGAAGCACGUUGUUAGCACCAGGGAGGCACCCAGCACCAUCUAUUACUCUCCAGGAAGGGCAGCUCACCAUCACCACCUCAGCAGGGCUUUUCCCACUGCUCGGAAUACCCAGCUUUUCUCUUUGCAGCGAUAUGGUAAAAUCACAAGUCCAGGAAAAGUUCGUUCCUUUAAGAAACCUGAAAACUUUCCCUUUUUUUUAGAUUUGCUAAAACAUUUUCUUGCCACUCCAUAUUGAAUCCUUAAAGCUUCCGAUCCCUUCAUUGUGUGCCCAGAAUUGGAUCUGUGUUCUUGCGGACCUCCAUAGGAAAGGCACGUGGGUGACCAGCACACCAAAAUUCAUUCUUUAUCUCACACAGAGGAGACUUAAAGUGACCUGUCCAGGACAGGGGAUUCUCAGCCACUAGUUAGAAAAGCUUCUGUGAAGUUAUAUGGGACAAAUUUGGUUUAUCCUUGGAGAAAGUUGAAAUGCAAAUUCAGGCUUUACUGAGACAUUUACAGAAAUCCAGAAAGGUCUUUAUUUCUGCAGAUGAGAUAAUGCAACGCUCUUAUGAGGCCAUAAUGCAAUCUUAAUAGGCUUGUAGAACAGAUUGCCAUAAAGACUACAUUUGUAGCUGUCAUCCGUUACUGCUUGUUGCACUGAAUUAUGUUUAAUAUGGGUUCUAGGGGAGAGGAGUCCUGCAUGCAGUAUUUGGCUCACAGUAAAAGAACCUUCUAGGGAUACGUAUAUGUACAUACACAGGUUUGUUUAUAUAUAUUUAUGCAUACCCCACCUACAGGUUUUAGGAAGUGCUUUGGCAAUGAUGAGCCUUUUCUAUAUAACAAGACACAUAAUUUGUGCCUGCUGUACACUGAUGACAAAUCCCACAAGCACAAGAUCUCUUGCUGCUCUAACAGAUACAGAUGUGACUGUUCUGUUCCAUUGGCCAUAGCACAGAGGUAUUUAUUUUAGUUCAUGCCUUGCAAGCUGUCCCACCCCAUCUCAUACACCAGCUUCUAGCGCUCUUAGCAUGCUGGCACAAUUUAUAGAGCAUAAAGUAACAUAUCUAGCACUACUUGUUUUAAAGCAGUGCAGGCAGAUUAAUCCAAGCACACCCACCCCAGUGGGAAUUUCUACUUCUCCCCCUUUUUUCCCCCCUCUUAGUGCUAAUAAUGCUUCUGUAACAGUGACCGGCAGGUACAGCAGGGAGCACGCAGGGCUGGCUGUGAGCCCACUGACUGCAGAAGCCAAUGGUACAGCACUGGGGUAAAGCUACUUAAGGGGAAUAGAGGUCAGGCUCAGAGGGAAAGGUCUCAGGCAGACUGAACCCAAGCUGCGGGUGAUCAGAUUUUCCCAAAGCUAAUUAAGGAUGGAAGCGUUCUCAGAAAAAAAAAAAAUAAAAAAAAAAUCACCCUUAUUGGGUGAGGAAAAAAAAAAGGUUCUUUAAUGUAAAUGGUUUGUGGUGAAAAUGUCCAUAGUUCAGCAUUUUCAGUUGGAUGAGGGUGACGAAAUGGGGCCUUGUCAACAAGUGACCUUUCAGCCUGCGGUCAGGCUGAAAAUACGUUUUGUUUUGGGUGGAUGUGAAACUGAGAGAGUUGGAAGAAGCUCCCCAGGCUGGAGGAAGAGCUUCAAGAAGGCAGUUUGUGUUCAUGAGCUAAAAAUAAUGGCACAAUUUCUGGAUUUUGCCCUUUCAUCUUUCAGAAAGAGACAUUUGAGCACCAUUCAGUACAAAAACAUUGACAGAAACUUUUGGUUUUUGUUUGCUUUCUUGUUGUGUAUUGUUGGUUUUGUUUUGUUUUUUUAAUGAAUAUUUAUUAACAAAAGAAUUUGUUCUUAGGAAUUCUUUUCUUCUCUAAUUUCUUUGAGCUCUGAAAACUAACACUAAAUAUAACCCACAUUUCUAAAGCAGUUCCCCUACCUACUGCUUCCUUUCCCUUUAAAAUCUGUACGGUAGUAAAUGAGCAUUCUUUUUCUUCAGUAAGUAAAUCUAAAUCAAACAGAUUACAGCUCCAAUCUUACCAACACGUAUGCGUGCCUUACUUAACCUUAAGCUUGUGAGUAAAAGGAGUGACAUUGUAAAAGGCAGCUCAGUUUCCCCUCUUGGCAUACAGGAGUAAAGCCAAUUAAAAGUUGAUUGAUAGGAUGUUUUAGCCAUGUUUACCCUGAAAAACACCAUUACAAGGGUAACCCCAUAAUAAGGAGCACUCACAUGGAUCACCUUUAUCCCAUGUAUGCUGGCAAGAUUGGGGUCUAGAGGUGGGAAGUUAUGUAUCUGAGUCAAACAUCACACAGAUAGCAUCAAGUAGGCUGGGAGAAGGUUUUGGACAUGCCAAUUUAGUGCAUGUUAGUUUGAGCCGUCCCUCAGAAGGAAGGGACGCAACCAGGCUACAUUAACCAAAGGGAAUGGGUUAAAGUGUUGUGAUUUUCAGUACACACACAAAUGCAUUUUGAGAGGACGUUGUUAUUCAACUCUGUACAAUCCAACUGACUGCAUUGUGUUUUGCUUUUAUUAAUCUCUUGAGUGGCCCAUCAUUUCAGAUGGGAAAUGAGGAGAAAAUUCAUUCUUUAGAAGAAUCAGACAGUGUCAAGAAUUUUUGCCCAAAUCUGGGUAUUAAACGCCAGUAUAGCAUUUUGCUACUGUAAUGUAUUUUCAUAUAAAUGACUGUAUAUUGUUUUGUGCUUCAGUACCAGUGUGAGUCUUCAACAGCAGAACUGACUUAGUGUUUUGUUUCCAAGUGUUCCGAUAAUAAAAAUACGAGUUAACUAAUUUAAAAGCUUCUGAUCCUGGUUUCCAUCCAAAAACAUUAAUGGAAUCACACACAAGAGCAAUCAAAUCAGCUCAUACAGACAGAGAAACCUCCCCUGCUGUGCAUCAAUCAUUGGUGCUUCCAGAUGCGCACAGUGAGUGAUCCCCCACCAGAGUGAACUCAGACACGGCCUUUUUUCUUUGCCACGGGGUAUGUAGGACUCCCAUUUCAAAACAAAGAAUGUGAAGGUUGAGUAAUGCCCCGCUGAGCACAUGAGGAUGAUGAGAACAUGAUUCCAGCCAACUUUGAAUAUCAUCACCUGAUCAAAAAGCCUUGUUUUCCCUACCUGUACAUGAGAGUGUCCAAUUGCUUUCCUCUAGGAGAACCCAGAAACCUCCUCCCAGCUGGCAUUCUAUUUCAUAUUUGCACUAUUGUUGGUAUAUCCCAGGACUGAACUCAAAGUACCAUUUCUAAAUCAUUUUAGAAGAGAUUUCUGGUUAAGGGCUACGUGCUGUGGUUUAAGUGAGGUUUUCACCUGGAAACUCUGAGGGAGGAAGCACGUUCAGGCACAUUUAACCUGGCUUUCAGCCACUCUCACAUACCUGAGAUGUUUUGUUAGGCUGUGGGUGGCAGCUGUGACAGAUCAGCCAAAAGUUAAUUAAACAGUAGGCAUCAGACUUUCUCCUGCAGAGCAUCCACACCAAAGAAGGUGGGGUUUUUUUGUUUGCUAUUCUUUUAAUUCAGUAGUUACCUCAAGUUAAAAGCUUUUCAUUACUAUUAAGAUAUUUGUCAACAGCAACUGCUGUCUCCAGCACUGCACUUAAGCAGCCCAAAUACUUCCUACCUGAGUAGAACAUAGAGCGGCUCUUUAUAUAGACGUGAAUCUCAAUGGAAGGAAGAACUUUACUUUCAAAUGAUGAAUUUGCUACACAAUUAAGUUCUUCCCUGACAGCAGGACAUAACCCAUGGCAGUUUAACUUCCUGAGAUGCCCAACCACAGCUGAAUCCAUUGCUUGCCAGCUUUAUUCAUGCACAAAGACCCCUUUUCCAGGCUGGGGAUAUAUUCCAUAUCAAAUUACUUCCAGCUUUUGGGGAGAUCACUGAGUUCACUCUGGCAGGGUUUGGAGACUUUGUCUCUUCAGCAUCUUGUAGGAUGGAGCACAAAGUGGAGGCAGUCUGCACUCCCAGGAACAGCAUGGGCUACACACUUUUCAGCUCAUCAACAGGCAGCUGAAAAAGGGCCAUGUUUUCUAGCACACUCAGAUGCUGUCAGACAGGUUCUCAGAAGAAAUUAGGGCCCCACUGUUGCCAAAGGCAGAUAAGAAUCUCUUCAAAAGUGUGAAAGCAGAAGCCAAGUUUGUCAAAGGCAGCAGUUCCAAGUUUGCUUUGCCUUAGAAGUAGCAGGAGCACCAGCUUAUAUACAACAUUAUCAAGUGCCCUAACUCCAGAUUUUUUUCAGCAUUAUGAACCAAACUGGCUACCAGACUCCCUCAUUGUUGCACAAAUCAGUCUUCCAUUGACUGUAGAUAUUUAUAUAAAAAGGUCAAAAAGGCACUGGAAAUAGUGUUCAUGUAUUUAUUGGCAUUGUACGUAUAUAUGUCAAUUUAAUGGAAGAGACUGUAAAAAUCAAGGUACUUUCUCCUUCAGCUUUGAUGGCUUUGAUAUCUUCUAGUGAUGAAGUUUAUCAAUAGUUUAUUUUUAAAUUCACUUCAUACCUUAAAGCAAAAAUAAAGAAAUGAAUGAAUAAAGGAAAGCACUUUA